AAGACAGUUAAUCAUACAUCAUGGCCAAAAGGGGUAAAAAGGGAAAGAAGGGCAAGAAGCCCAAGGUCAACUGCAAUUUCAAGAUAACAAAUGAGAUGCUCAAGCCAAUGAACGAGAAUGUUGAUGAUUGUGAUGGCUGUUGCCAAUGCGCCUGCGAUUGCGACUGCAGUCCGGAGUUGGCACCUUGUUUCAUCCAACCCACUAGGCGGGAUCCGGGUCCGGAGGCCUACGAUGAGUUCGAGGCGUGUCUCAAUGGUAGUGGGUUGACCAUUCGAGUCCUGAAGAACACCCAUAAAGUGGAGAACGUUGUGGAUGGCAACGAAGGCGGUAACCUUGGUGCAGAUGAUGAUCCCUGCUAUCGGGAGGAUCCCAACGACUGCGAGCCCAAGCAGGAGUCCUGCCUGCACGAGAUGAUGCAGCGCAGCUCCUUCGCCAGGAACCACAUCAGGCGCAGGACCGGCGGCAGGAUCAUCAACCACCCAAACAUCCCGAAGGUGCGGGCCAACAUCAAGUAUUCGGGUAACGAUGCCUGCGAGACGGACAACUACUACGUGCCCUUCUCGAAGAUCAAGGAGGCCUGUGACCUCCAUGAGGCCAAGGUCGACUGCUAUCGCCAGCGCCUCUGUGGGGGAUACGAUCCCAUUGUCCCCGCCCAUUGUCCUGUCCAGAACCAGCGCUCCUGCUGCAUGCAGGUCGAGGGGAAGGACAUCAUGCAGACCAUGAAGGGUGUCAAUCUGGACACCAGGCGCAAGGGCAUCGAGGUCUGUUACAAGACUUGCGAAGAGACGGAUAGCGACGUGUUCCUGGUAAAACUGGGAAGCAAGGCCAAAUCGCAGCACAAGAAGAACACCAUCGAGAUCGAGCUGAGGACGCCCAAGCAACCCGUGACUCUGCCGAUCAGCAAGGUCACCACCGAAACCUAUGUUUCCGAGGAAAUGCUCGGUGGGGGCAAGAAAAAGAAAAAGAAGGGCAAAGGCAAAAAGGGUAAAGGCAAAAAGGGCAAGGGCAAGAAGAAGUAGACGAUAAAGGACUACGAACGAUUCUAAGGCGAAUCCUAAAUAAUCAGCGAUCGUAUAGCGAAAACAUCAACGAUCGUAAGGCGAAUCAUAAUCCAUUAACGAUCCUAAGGCAAUUAUUACACAAGAAUCCGGACCAGGUGCACAUCAUUUCGGAACCUGUCCACUGGCUUCUCCACACAGUAACCCUCAUGUCCACCCGUUUAGUUAGGCGCACGAAUAAUGAAUAUUUCGACUAGUUACGUAAAUGUAUCAUUUGGAAUAAAUAAAAAUUUAAAAUUUAA